GAGGAGCAGGGGGAGGGAGAAGAACGCCCCAAAUACAAGCCACUGAUGACACAGCUCGCAGCCCCGAAAAUCCCAGAGGGGGAGAGGGUCGACUUUGAUGACAUCCACAGAAAAAGGAUGGAGAAAGAUCUCCUGGAGCUGCAGACUCUGAUUGAUGUCCACUUUGAGCAGAGGAAGAAAGAAGAAGAGGAGCUGAUUGGACUCAAAGCCAGAAUUGAGAGUCGGCGGGCAGAAAGAGCCGAGCAGCAGCGCGUGAGGGCUGAAAAAGAGCGGGACAGGCAGACGCGGAUUGCGGAGGAGAGACAGAGGAAAGAGGAUGAAGAGGCGAAGAAGCGAGCCGACGACGAGGCCAAGAAGAAGAAAGUGCUCUCCAACAUGGGCGCUCACUUUGGAGGCUUCCUAGCAAAGGCAGAGCAGAGACGAGGAAAAAGACAAACCGCUAGAGAAAUCAAGAAGAAGACUCUGGCAGAGAGACGCAAGCCGCUGGCUAUCGAGAACCUGAGAGAGGACGGCCUGAGAGAGAGAGCUAAAGAGAUGUGGGAAUGGAUCUACCAGCUGGAGUCAGAGAAGUUCGACCUGACUGAGAAGAUGAGGAGGCAGAAAUAUGAGAUUAAUGUCCUCCUGAACAGAAUCCAACAUGCUCAGAAAUUCAAAAAGGGCCACGGUAAGGGGAAGGUUGGAGGACGCUGGAAGUGAACUCUCACACACAGGAGGCAUAAACAAACAAGAAGACUGUUCUAUAGCUUCUGGACAAAGUUGCAGCAGUUUUGCAGUGUUUAUCAUUGAGCAAGGUGAUAGAUUUUUGUGUAUCCUUUCUUUAAAUGCAUCCACUUAAAACUGCAUCUGUAGCUAGUGAAAUGCAUGAAUACGUAACAUUUUCUACAGCUGGAAAUUUAGAAUAUUACUGCUGAAAAUUCAUGACAGCUGCUACAAAGACGUAUGACUCACUAGCUGAGGUCUCUCGCAGUUUUAAACUUCCUUAUGAAGGACAAAUAAAAUUGUGUUUGCAUAAAA